AUGGACAAUGCGAACAUGUCAGGAAAACUCCAUCUGAUAUUGUCUUUUUCCAGCGCCGUGGGAUUUGAGCUGAGAGUGUCUGACCGUGAUGAUCUCGAGAAUCGCUUGAUUGAAGCAAACAAAGACGAUAGUAUUGACGGCGUCAUUGUCUAUUAUCCUAUAUUUGAUAAUCGUCAAGAUCAGUAUCUUCAGCAAUUACCUGACAUCACUAAAGAUGUGGAAGGGCUAAGCCACAGAUACAUCUUCAAAUUGUACCAUAAUGAGAGAUAUCUUGAUCAAGCUCGGAUACAAAAGAGCAUUCUUCCAUGCACGCCACUUGCCAUAGUGAAGAUUUUGGACUAUUUGAGCGUCUAUAACAACAUUCUUGCAUUUGGUAACCGUCUCUUUGGUCGCACGAUAACUGUGGUAAACCGCAGCGAGACGGUUGGCCGGCCCCUAGCAGCCAUGCUCGCUAACGACGGAGCAUCAGUAUACAGCGUCGACGUUACAUGUGUGCAACAGUUUACCCGAGGACAUGGGAUCAAGCAAAGAAUGCAUGAGGUUGUUGACAAGCAAGGAUGGACAUUGCAGGAGUGCCUUCGCACAAGCGAUGUGGUGAUCGGCGGUGUCCCAGGAAAGUCCUUCAAGAUUCCGACUGACCAGCUAAAGGAUGGCGUCGUUUGCAUUAAUUUUUCUACUGAGAAGAAUUUUGAUUGUGAUGUCAAAAGUAAAGCCUCCAUAUUCGUUCCCAGCAUCGGCAAGGUGACCAUUGCAAUUCUCAUUCGUAAUCUUGUGCUGAAAACAGGGAAAAACCACCAAAAACCCAAGACUGCGCGCUCAAAGCGCGAAUUCGAAAAGCGCGAGCCUCAACAAGUCGAAAAUUCCAAAACGGCCCUCUUCCUACGCUACACUAAGUCCUCUGAUCUCCUCAAUUCACUCGCCAAAGACCUCCACACCCUCAAAAUUCCCGAUGCUAUUCAAUUCAAGAAGGGGAACGCCAUCCACCCUUUCGAGGACCCAUCAUCUCUAGAAUUCUUCUCUCAGAAGAACGAUGCCGCGUUCCUCGUGCUUGCUAGUUCUAGUAAGAAGCGACCACACACACUCACGUGGAUAAGAUGCUUUAGUGGGAAGAUACUGGAUAUGUUGGAGCUAUCCGUUGUGCAAGAAACCGCGAGAUGUAUGGCGCAAUUCAAGGGGCCGAAAUGUGGGUAUAAUGUUAAGCCUAUGCUGGCGUUCUCAGGGACUGCGUGGGAUGAUUCUAGUCGGACGGAGUAUGUAUUGGCAAAGAGCUUGUUUACAGACUUCUUUCGAGGGUCAGAGGUCGGGGAAAUUGACGUUGAGGGUUUGCAAUUGUUGAUACACUUUAGUGUCGGGGAAGAGGGUCAGGAAGGGUUGAAGCCACAGAUACAGAUGCGGUGUUGGAGGAUUAUUACGAAAAAGAGUGCGAGUAAGGUGCCGAAGGUAGAGGUUGAAGAGAUAGGACCACGAAUGGACUUCAGGGUCGGGAGAUCCAAGGAAGCGGAAGGGAGUAUGAUGAAGGAGGCGCUGAAGAGAGCGAAAGGAACCGAGGCUAAGGCAAAGAAGAACAUCGAGACGGAUUUCGUAGGCGACAAGAUGGGCAGGAUCCACCUUGGACGACAGGAUUUGAGCGAGCUGCAGACAAGGAAAAUGAAGGGGUUGAAGAGAGCAAGGGAUCAGGACGUGAGGGCCGACGGUAUAGACAACGAGGACAUUAUCAGCCAGGAUGAUGAUGAUGAAGAAAUGGGCGGCGUGGAGAUCAAGAGACCCAAAACAUCUUGA